AUGUAGAAAGAUAAGAAAUUAGUAAGAAUAAUACUUUACUUAAUCAUAAUUGUAAUUGCAGAUAAAGCAAAAAGCAUCUAAAGGAUUAACCUUCUGAAACUAAUCCAUCAUGCUCGCCUGUAAAAUAUUAACAUCCAAGAAAAUUUCUACACUACUAUGUCGCUAAAAUUGAUUAAAUAACGCAUCCUGAGUUAUAAACAUCUCUUUAUUAACCAACAUAAUAAUAAUAAUAAUAAUAAUAAUAAUAAUAAUAAUAAUAAUAAUAAUAAUAAUAAUAAUAAUAAUAAUAAUAAUAAUAAUAAUAAUAAUAAUAAUAAUAAUAAGAAUAAUAAUAAUAAUAACACCAAUUUAAUUAACCACGUAAUUGGAAUAUCGCUAAAAAUAUAAAAUAGCAAUCAAACUUUGAAUUAAAUUACAAUUCAUUAAACAUCGUAAGCUCAAACAUCUUCCUUUAAGACAGCUUCACUUUAUACAUUAAAAUAAUUAAACCCACAAUUCAUUUGACAAUCUAUCAUUUCAAGCCAUCCUACACAUACUUUAAUUAUAUAGGAAUUUUGAAUAUCAAGGUGAUGGAAUCUCUACAGGGGUUAAAACAUCUUUUAAUCGAGAAACAACUCACACUAACCACCAGAUGAA